GACUCGUGCUUGAAUUUGAAUUUAGGCAACUUGUUUAGUUAUUAGUCAGCCACAACAUUACUUAUAACACUGUACAAUUCUUUCUCUAGUCAAAAAACUGUCGCCAGUUUAGCCUAUUUUAAUAUUAGCUUGUCACUACUUUGAAAUUGCUGUUCGGCGUUAAGGAAAUAUCACUACUUGCAAUGAAAGCAGGCGUUGUCCACUGCCUUUGUUCAAAAUGCUACUCGGUUCCAGCACGGAAGCGGGUUCGUAAGCGUUCUCCAGCCCUGACCUUGCUGUCUCUACCUGAGGAAAUAGUUCUCUGCGUCCUCCAGUGUCUCUCUGCCGAGGACCUGCUGUCUGUUAGAGCGGUUCAUUCUCAGCUGCGGGACAUUGUUGACAACCACUCCAGCGUGUGGGCCAGGGUCAGUUUCAGAGAAAAGUGGCCAUCCCCUAACACCUUAUGGCUGUUUGAAAGAGCUGCAGAAAAAGGGAACUUUGAAGCUGCUGUUAAACUUGGCAUUGCUUAUUUGUACAACGAAGGACCGCUGCUGAGUGAUGAGGGGCGAGCGGAUGUAUGUGGUCGAAAAGCCUCCCACUUCUUCAGUUUGGCGGAGAGCCUGCGCUCUCCCAAAGCCGAUCCCUUCACAUGGGUGUUUAUCCGUCCGCCGUGGUCGCCCACUGGCAGCUGCUGCAAGGCCGUGGUAUUCGAUCGCCUCAAGGCUGAGUGCGAUAACGACAUGGAGAAGAGGGGUCCAUUGUUACACUGUUUGGCCAGAGUUUUGCUUCUCUUUGACGAGGAAGAAAGACGCCUGAAUGGCGUAUCUUUGCUGGAGGAGUCGUCACGGGCCGGCUGCCUCCUCAGUUCUUACCUGCUGUGGGAGCACAGCCGCAAAGCAGCUAUUGCAGACCCGGGAAGGUACCUGCAGUGUGUGCGAACUCUCAGGGACUACGCAAGCAAAGGAUGCUGGGAGGCACAGUUGUCUUUGGCCAAAGUGUGCAGCAGUGGGAAUCCACUGGGUUUGGAGUCCAAAGCCUGCUGUGAUAUCGUUGCCCAGGUUUUCAGUUCUUCUAAUGUGGAGCAGCACUGUGCUCAGGGUAUCCUCAGGAGGGGUAUCAAAGACACCAUGAGGUACAUCCUGGUGGACUGGCUUGUGGAGGUGACCACCAUGAAGGACUUCUCCAGUCUGACUCUACAUGUGACUGUAGGUUGUGUGGACCGCUACUUGGCUCUGCGCUCUGUCUCCAAGGCCCGUCUGCAGUUAUUAGGAAUAGCAUGCAUGGUGAUUUGCACACGGUAUAUCAGUAAAGAAAUCCUAACCAUUCGUGAAGCUGUUUGGCUCACAGACAACACAUACAAAUAUGAAGAUUUGGUUCGGAUGAUGGGAGAGGUGGUUUCUGUGCUAAAGGGGAAAAUCAGAAGCCCCACGCUGCCGGAUUAUGGGAAGGUGCUGCUCUCCUUGCUCCCCAUGGAGAGGAGAUCCACUCACCUGUUCAGCUAUGUCUGCGAACUGUCGCUGCUCUACUCCGCUCUCACCUCGCCGCCUCCUGCCAAACUGGCCUGCGCUGCACUUCUCCUUACACGGGCACUGCAUCACUACGGUCCCGUCUGGCCCUCCCUGCUAAGCGAGUACACAGGCUUUUCCAAGCAGGACCUGGUUCCGCUUUCUGUUCUGCUUUAUGUCAAAUGUUUCAGUCAAGAUGUUCCCAAAGACUACAGACACAUGUCUCUGACUGGUGUAAAGCAACGCUUUGAAGAUGAGGCCUACCAGCAAAUCAGCAAGGAAAAGGUGAUGGAAUUUAAAGAGCUCUGCCAGAUCUUAGAGAUUCCUGAAGUUGAGCCUCAGAUGGACCCUCCCAGUCCCACUGGUGCUCAACCAGCAGACAUCCACACAUUCCUGGCCUCCCCAUCAAGCACCAACAAGAGGAGACGCGAAGACAGCGUGCAGGCCCAACGGGGCAGUUUGGUGACCACGCCCACGGCAGAGCUGUCCAAUCAGGAGGAGAUGCUGCUGGGAGACAUCCUGGACUGGAGUCUGGACUCCUCCAGCUCCGGCUAUGAGGGGGACCACGAGGAAGAGAGCGAGGGAGAAAAAGAUGCGUCAAUGAUAUCCAUCAAACUGCGCCCGCUGAGCGAUGCAGACGUUGGAGGAGAACACUGCAGAGCUCUGUCCAGCGACGAAGACAGCUUCUGUGAAGCGCUGGGCGAGGCGAACAAAGAUCAGCAACAACCCCUCCCCUCGUCUGCAGAUCUUCGUAGCUCAGGAUACUCUUCCGUCCAGAGCGUUAGCCCCUCGUCUACAUGCUCCUCCUCAUCAGCCACCUUCACGCCUUGCACAUUCAAGACCUUCACCGCCUCCUUGGGCGCCGUCUCUGCUAACGUCCAGCCAGGUUUCCGCCUCUUGGUGCCCAUGCAGAGGCCCAGGGGCACCUCCACCAAACAAGUGAAGAGGAAGAACACAGCAGCUCACAGUGGAGGUGAGGUGGAAGGAGAGGAGUUCUCUGCCAGUGCAGGGUUUCUGAGCCUGUGAGAAGGAAUUAUUAAUCCAAUGACCACCAAAACCACUCGCUCAGAUUCAGACUUGCAGCACUUUUGGUCUGUUCUCAAGGUUCCUCCAAACCUGUGAGUCUGAACUGGUCAAUCAAAAGACUUGGAGUUUUGAAACUUGAAAGGGAAAAAAAACGAACAUGAACGGGGAAAUAACUUGUCUUUCUAUCACGUUACAUUUCAUCUACAUGUUUACAGGCAGGGACUGAUAGAAAUACCUCCCAUGAACUGAGAUUCACAGUCAGCUGUAAAACCACUGGAAAAUGACUUGACUUCUCCCAGGAGCCUGAUGCAUUUCAGCCUUCUACAACAACCUAUCUCAGAUCACGUUUGAUAGCUGGAAAAAACAACCUCAAGUUUUUGUUUUUUUGUUUGUUUUUAGGUGGGAAAAUGCAGCUGUCAUAGUUUUAAAAAACUGUUUUGGUUAUUGUAGUUUCUGAUAUGCACUGUGUACAAGAAGUAGUCUUGUAUUAAAUUGAUCCCUAAAAACGUUGA